AUGAGCAAGCAAUAUUCAUAUCGCCGCGAAUGGGUUAAUAUAAAUGAUUGUGUUGGUAUUGCAAUUCAUACGGUUGAUAGAACAAAUACCGAUCCAAAAUAUUUACCAUGUUUAAUUAUUGAAAAAAACGAAAAAAAUAAUAUUUCUUUAUAUAAAUUAAUUUGUCAAUAUGGUAUUUUACAAAACACAUUUGAAGCCGGACAAUUUAUGAAUUUAAAAGAUGCUUGUCCCAAUGAAUUGAAACAAAUUGAUGUUAGUACUUUAAAGCCAAUCACCAUCAUUGAAGCUUCAAAACUUUAUUCUCGUGGUUCUACAACUGACCGAACUUGUAAUUGUCAGGGCAAUAAUAAUAAACAACAAAUGAAACUAUUUAUGAAAUAUUUCAAAUAUCUUAAUGUUUAUCAUAUUUAUAAAGAAUUUUUUUAUCUUAAUCAACGAUAUAAAAGUUUAGUUGUUAAUAGAAAUUUUUCAAUUCAAAUAAAUAUCACAACAAUGUCAAAAUUAAAUUUUGAUAUUUAUCAUGAAAAUAUGAUUCAAUCAAAUAAAUAUCGAAUGAUUUAUGAUUAUAUUCAACUUGAAACAUUAAUUUUUGAUAAUAUUGAUACAAAAUAUCUUAAUAAUAUUCUCAAAUAUUUAAUUUAUUUACCAAAAUUAUAUUCAUUAAUUUUUAGUCUUAUUGAUUAUAUUCAAGAUCCAAAUAUUCUUUUUCAUCAUAUAUUUCGUUUAUCGAAAUUAAAAUAUUUUGAUAAUAUACAUUUCAAUAUAUUCAAGAAAUUAAUCAUAUGUUUCUUUGGUUCUGUUGAAGUUUUACAUUUUACAACACAUGAUUUAACAUAUUUAGUUCCAAAUCAAUGGGAAGAAUUAAUUUUAUUUUCAAUGCCAAAUUUACGUAUUUUUGAUAUAUAUCAUACUAGUAUUAUAAAAAAUAAUCAAUUAAUAUAUCUUCUUUUAAUUUAUGAAUUUGAUUCUUUGUUUUGGACUCAACGACAAUAUGAAUUCAAUUCACAACUUUAUUUACGUAUUCAAGAAAAUAAUUCUAAUUCAGUUAAACAUGUUCAUAUAUGUAGUAAAUAUUUACCGAAUCAUAGUGUAAUUUAUUUUCCAAAUGCUAAUGAAUUAACAAUUGAACAUUAUUUUAAUACAACUGAUGAUUCAAUAUCAACAAUUCUUAAUUGUAUUCUUCCUUUAAAACAAUUGACGAAAUUAGUUAUUCAAAGUUCUCAUUUUUCUUUUAAACAAAUUAUUAACUUAAUACGUUUUACACUUAAUUUACAUACAUUAAAAUUAGAUUUAUUAUCUUUUAAUGAAACUAAUUUAAAUUUAAGUCAACAAAAUGAAGCUUUUCAAUAUGUAUCAAAUAUCAAAUAA